UAAAUUUCUGACAUUCAUAUUUUGAGUGUGUUUCGUGUCGUUCGUAUAAUUUUUUUCGUCUGCCGGCGUUUUUUAAAUAAAAUAUAAUUGAUUUGAUGCGUUAAAAUUUACCUAAACUGCAACUAUGAAGCAGUACAUAUUUUUAUUCAUAGGUUUAUUUAUUCUUAUAGGUACCACACAAGCGAGUGAAGCUGGGGGAUCAGAAAAUGUUGAAACUGUUGAUAUAGACUUGGGGGCCAGCAGGGAAGGUUCAAGAACAGAUGACGAAGUUGUUAAACGUGAAGAGGAGGCAAUUAAGCUCGAUGGCCUCAAUGUGGCUCAGCUUAAGGAGCUUCGUGAGAAAUCUGAGAAAUUCGCAUUCCAGACCGAAGUUAACAGGAUGAUGAAACUCAUUAUUAAUUCUCUUUAUAGGAAUAAAGAAAUCUUCUUGAGGGAAUUGAUCUCAAAUGCCUCCGACGCUUUGGAUAAGAUCCGUAUGUUAUCUCUCACGGACAGAAGUGUUCUGGAUGUUCAACCAGAGCUGAACAUUCGAAUAAAAGCGGAUAAAGACUCGGGAAUGCUGCAUAUCACGGACACAGGCAUAGGUAUGACGAAACAGGACCUUGUCAACAACCUGGGUACUAUAGCAAAGUCUGGAACUGCCGAGUUCCUCAGUAAGAUGCAGAAUGCGGAGUCGUCUCAAGAUAUGAAUGAUAUGAUCGGACAGUUUGGUGUUGGUUUCUACUCUGCCUUCUUGGUAGCCGAUAAGGUCAUUGUCACAUCUAAGCACAACGAUGAUAAACAGUAUAUUUGGGAGUCUGACUCGGCAACCUUCAGUAUCGUGGAAGAUCCUAGAGGUGACAGUUUGAAGAGAGGUACCACUGUGAGUUUGGAACUGAAACCAGAGGCCAAGGAUUUCUUGGAACACGAUACUGUCCGCACCUUAGUCAAGAAAUACUCACAGUUUAUUAACUUCCCGAUUUAUCUGUGGACCAGUCACACGGAAACUGUAGAGGAACCAGUUGAAGAGGAAGUAGCAGAGGAAAAACCGGAAACUGCCGAUGAAGAAGAUGCUGCUGUCGAGGAAGAGAAAGAGGACGAGAAACCAAAGACCAAGAAGGUUGAGAAGACGGUUUGGGAUUGGGAGCUUCUGAAUGACAGCAAGCCGAUUUGGACUAGGAAGCCUUCAGAAAUCGAAGAUAAGGAGUACGACGAAUUCUACAAAGCCCUAACCAAGGACACCAAUUCGCCUUUGACCAAAAUUCAUUUUGUAGCCGAGGGCGAAGUCACUUUCAAGGCCUUAUUGUACGUGCCCACCGUCCAACCGUCUGAGAGCUUCAACAAAUAUGGCACCAAAACAGACAAUAUAAAAUUAUAUGUUCGUCGCGUAUUCAUCACUGACGAAUUUAACGACAUGAUGCCUUCAUACUUGAACUUUGUCAGAGGAGUUGUGGACUCGGACGACCUACCUUUGAACGUAUCUCGUGAAACCUUGCAACAACACAAACUUAUCAAGGUGAUCAAGAAAAAGUUGGUCCGUAAAGUACUGGACAUGCUCAAGAAGCUUCCUGAGGAGGACUUUGAGAAGUUUUGGAAGGAAUUCUCCACAAACAUCAAGCUGGGAGUUAUCGAGGAUCCAACAAAUCGCUCCAGAUUGGCCAAACUUCUUCAUUUCUUCUCCUCCAAUGACAAUAAACAGACUGGCUUAGCAGAAUAUGUGAGCCGGAUGAAGCCCAAACAAGACAAAAUCUUCUACAUCGCAGGAGCCUCGAAAGCCGAGGUGCAAAAGUCACCUUUUGUUGAACGGCUGUUGCGUAAGGGAUACGAAGUCUUGUACCUGGUAGAAGCGGUCGAUGAAUAUACUAUUUCUGCCCUUCCUGAAUUUGAAGGCAAGAAAUUCCAGAACGUUGCCAAGGAAGGGUUCUCCUUAACCGAAAGUGAAGGAGGCAAGGACCAAUUGGAUCAGUUGAAGACCACUUUUGAGCCCCUCACCAAAUGGUUGUCGGAAAACGCUCUGAAGGAUCACGUUGCCAAAGCUAUGGUAUCCGAAAGAUUGUCAGAUUCCCCUUGUGCUCUAGUAGCAAGCUUGUUCGGCUGGACCGGAAACAUGGAAAGACUUGCCGUUUCCAAUGCCCAUCAAAAAUCAGAUGAUCCUCAGAGGUCCUACUAUUUGAACCAAAAGAAGACCUUGGAGAUCAAUCCAAGACACCCGCUGAUGCGAGAGUUAUUGAAGAGGGUUAACGAUGAUGCGGAUGACCCGACAGCGAAAGACAUGGCACUGAUGAUGUUCAGAACGGCAACUCUGAGAUCUGGGUACAUGCUGAAAGAUACAUCCGAUUUUGCCCAGUCCAUCGAAGUUAUGAUGAGAAAGACGCUAGGGGUUCCUCUGGACGAGCAAGUGGAGGAAGAGGAAGAUGUUCCCGAGGAUGGCAUUCCAGAGGACGAGAAUGGAGAUAUUAAGGAUGAGGAGGAGAGAGACGAAGAGCAUGACGAACUGUAAAUAAUAGCGUGAAUGUGAGCGUGUUUAUUAUGAGAUUGUUGUAAACGAUCUAAAAAAGACUGUAUAAUUUUUGUAUUUGUAAUUUAAAUUAAAUAAAAAAUUAUUAUUUGUUUUA